AGGUUAGUACCAGUCUAUAUUGGUGUGUGAAUACGGAAAUAGAUCUGCAUUGGUUAUGUUGGGUAUGGACAAUAAAUCAAUCAUGAUUGUCAAAAAUGCAUGUAUACAAUUAUCUUAAUAAUUUCAAGGGACUGUUGUGCGUUAUCAUACUGUAAAUUUGUUGAAUGGAAGCGCUCGAGUGGAAUAUAUUAUUUUCAAAUCACUAGUAUUUCAGUCAUGAGUACAGCCGAUAAUAGCUACAAUAGUUUUAUCGAUUGGAAUAGGUGUCACAAUUGUGUAUAGAUGCACAUAGUUCCAGACGUCAUUUUCAGAUCUACAUCAUAAAUUAUUCCGUAUACACAUUCAACGAGCGCGAUAUUAUACAGCAUCCAUGGGCUAUGCAAACUUCUAUCAUACAUUCACUUGGGACAUGAGGUAUUGUAACUUCGUUGUUCGAUUAUUUGCAUCUUGGACCUUCAAGAAAAGCCUACCACCAUAUAUUUCACAUUGGAUCAUCUAUAUAUAAUUACUUUCAAGGAAGUGGACCUGUUACACAUAUCCUCUAAUGAUGGCUUUUCAAGUACACAGUUCCUGGAUAUCACUCCUUUUAGGGUGUGUGUUAGUAGUACUCUACUCAUCGCUUCAUUGUGAAGCACAAUGUUCCAUCCCGGCUGCUAGGUUCGAAGCUUCAUCGAAACUCCAAUCGGUAUUCUCCCCUAACUAUCCCGAUGAAUAUCCAGAAGAUACGACAUGUGCGUGGCUUAUCAACAGUCCCUCAGGAUCCAGCCGAAUACAGCUAAGGGUGAUCAAGGAGGAUUUCUCGUGUUGCUGUAACAAUGAUUAUUUGCUGAUAAAAGAUGGUGCAAACUCCACUGCCAGGUCAAUCGCGAUACUGUGCUCUGACCAAAACCCAGUUGCAGUGACCAGUAGCGGUCACGCCCUCUACGGCGAAUUCCAGAGUGAUGGCGAUGGGAAUAUAGGCCUCGGUUACGAGAUCCAGUUCGACUAUUUUGAUUCCACAGUUUCUUGUCCAACGGGCUGGAUCGAACGACUUGGUUACUGCUACAAACUAUAUAAUGAACCAUUACCAUGGCAACAGGCUGCAUCACGAUGUGGAUACGAUGGAGGGUUCCUAACCUCAAUCGUUAAUCCGGAAGAAAAUGAUUUCAUACUAGGUUCCUUUAAAGAUGAGACGUCUCUCUCCUGGAUUGGAAUGAAUUCUACUGGAAACUGGCUAGACGGUCUAAACUCAGAAUUUUAUAAUAACUUUCAGGGUGAGUUACCAAGCACUUCUCAAUGUUCCGCUAUUGAUCUAAGUAACAAUGGACGAUGGACUGUUUCUGACUGCCUUAAUCAACAACUCACGUUUAUUUGCAAGAAAACUAAAGAUGGAUCCGGUGGAAGAUAUUGGACAGAGAUCGUAACCACUGACGAAAAUGGUGGAAAUGUAACUCCAUAUGGAGCGAUUGCAGGCAUCAUCUUUGCUAUGUUCUUCUGUUGGAUGGUGUGCUGCUGUUCUGGAGCCAGGGAUAAUUGGUUGAUCACGAAAACACUGAGUUGUAUACUCGAAAAAAUAUCCGAUUGUUUUAGGUGCAUUGGGCAUUCUGUUAGAACUUGCUUGUCCUGCAGGUGCCUCAGGCGCGGGACAACAGAUGAAGGGAUUGAGGCAAGAAGGGCCAAUCCAGAAUUUCGCUUCAGUGUGUCUGUUGACAAUAUAAGGUCGUCCACUAGGAUGUCGUCGUCGUCAGAGAGUGGUGAUCGUUCGAUAAGAAUGUCGGUGAUAUCACAAUCGUCGUCGCCGCCGACGUACGGGGACGUUACAUCAGAGCCCCCUCCUCCGGCAUACUCGGAAGCCUUUGACCCUGUAUUUGAUAUUUCUCACAGCGACGUUGGAGGAUCGAGAUUGUCAUUGAAUAUGGGUGAAGUUGCCGCAGCGCCAUCGUACGAGUCUGUUGUAGGUUCUGAAAGCAAUAUAUGAAGGAACAUUCUCAAUACUUUCAGACUAUAACAACUAUUUAUACAUCAGUGUGAGGGACGACACCAUAUGGGAUGGGGUCAGGGGCAUCCCAGGGAUUUUAUAGUAGGGCCUGGUAAUAAAUCAGGGGAAAAUGGAAGAAAGUAGACCCGAAAAAAGAGAGGUCCUGGUCCUGUUCCUGCACAAUUCCAUAUCAUUUCAAUUACACAAUUUAUAGUUUAUUGAAUAAAAGUAUUGUGUCAAUAUCAAUCAGAAUUUUCAUCGUAAAAUGUAUUUAUCUUUGAUAUUAAUAAAUGUGCUCGCUCUUUUCUUUUUUUAAAGAUUAUUAAAAUAUUUUCUCGGUCAUUCGUCAUUAAUAAUACCUUACAAUUCUUUUUUUUUUCUGGUAGACACGAUGGCGGAAUCUUAAAAUGGAGUCUUUGAUAUAUGUGUUGAUCUGCUAUUGUAGUAAUCUUUAAAGGGUUCUGCGGAAUUUAGCCUACUAUAAAAUCUUGGAAUAUAAUAUAUUUUUUUUCUUCAUGCAUGUCAUAUAUGACGUGUUUCAAAAAAAUAGAUUUCAUUCCGGUGUAGUUUUCUAUGGGGUCGUUACCAAAUGGUAAUAAAAGUGUGGUGUACACUGUAAAAAACGAAGUGUUAAUUUAGCACUCACAGUGCUUGUACAUGUAUAGUGACUGCACUACGAGUGCAGAUUUUCUAGUUCAAAUUUAAACCAGAAAAUCAGCACUCGUAAGUAAGUGCUAAAUUAGCACUUCGUUUUUACAGUGUAUAGGCCCAUUAACCCGCCGACUGCCGAAUCAUUUGUACAAAAUACAAAAACAAAACAAUAUCCGUCCCGAGGUAGGAAAUAGGUCUAUAACUUAUUUGUAUUAUUAAAGGUAAUAAUGAGUGGAGAGAUUACAGAUAAUUUAAUAUAAUGAGUAUUUAUUAAACUUUUAACAUAAAUGUAUACCAUGUGUCAGUAAUAUUGUCACCCCUUACGCAGAACAAAAUUCACCAUUCUUUUACUCCUGAGUUGGAUUUUUGAAAAUAUAUUGCUUAUAAUAUUUCCUUUCAAUUUUAUAUAUUUUUUUCAAUAGUAAUUAAUCAAUGAUUUACCUUGCAAGCACAAUCACUCAUUCAUUUCCCACACUAUGUCGCUAUGACUGGCCACCAUUUGGGCUCCGAGGUUUCAGACAUUUGAAUUUGCCCCUACUCACACUACAAUAUGUAGAUCUGCCCACGCAAAACAGAUUGUGCUCAGCUGUACAUUCAUUGGAAGAAAGUUUAUUGACCAGAAAUGCUACUACUCCUCUAAGGGGAGAGGGUAAAAGAACCUGGCAAAGGGGUGACAAUGAUUAUGGCACACGAUAUAAUUAUAUCCAUGAAAUAAGAAAUAGGAAAUAUUUAAUUAAUAUAAAUCAAUAUUCUCAUUGUCAACUCUUUGAAUAUUUUUUAUGGCUUUAAGUUUACUGGGCCCCUUUCUAUGUUUUUUUCAUGAAAUGAGAUUACAUCAAUCCAUUAAGUAGGAAAGUUUUGACAAACUUACCGACGCUGAUAAUUCUUUUUUUUUUUGGUCAUUGUUUAUCAUGUAAUACAAAUAUUGAUAAAUGGUCUGUCAUUGUACAUUCAGUAAGGAUUUAAUUUUUUUUAAUCAGAGCUACAAUUGCAAACCUUGAGGUCAGCCAGAACUCUCGUCCUGAGGUUUAAAAAAAUCAGUUGCUGAUUGCUGCGAUAAUGAUGUCUAAAUAUGAAUCAAUAUGAACGCUUUAAUCCCAAAAGGACGGGGGCAUGAUGCCCCCCCCCCCCUGGACGCUUCGCGCGAUAUUUUCGAAGCGCAAAAAGAGAGCGCCGCAAAAUUAUAUGACUCCUUUUUUUAAGUCUCGCGCAACUUUUGAGACAUACGGGGAUAGCAUCGCGACGCCACGUGACUUUUUUACGAGACAGUCACCGUGUUUACACUUAAUCGGCAAUUGGUUCUGAACCAAAUGCCGAUGCAGAAUCGGCAUUUGGAUUGCGUUUACACGUUGUUACAGCUCGCGGUUCAGAACCGCGAGCCGAUGCAAAAACCUGAAAUGAUACGCAUACCUACAAUAUACGUCAUAAUAAAGACAACGCUGGAUCAGUGCGCUUACAAUUACGUCACAAUGGUAAAGUAAUUGAAAUGCGCAGAAAUUGCCGGUGCAGAAUCGGCUUUCUGUUUACACGUAGUAAAAAAGCCGAUUCUGCAUCGGCUCGCGGUUCAGAACCUACUACUUUGGUGGUGCAAAUUGCCGGUUCUGAACCGCGAGCCGAUUCAAGUUGCUCGCGUUUACACGCUAUGAAAAAGCCGAUGCUGAAUCGGCUCGCGGUUCAGAACCGCGAGCCGAUUCAAAUGCCGAUUAAGUGUAAACACGGUGAGUGUCAUGCCGAAAAUGGCACAUUUUUAUACUUUGUUUACAAAGUCUAUGGGAGAUGAAAUUCAUAAAAGGGUGAUUAUUUUUUUCUUAUUGGUCUGCUUAAUUAAUUUAGGGUUUAAUUUAGCUGUUAAAUGGUCUUUAAUAAUUUCCAUUG